AUGAAUGGAAAGCCAUCUUUGUUUCUAUUUAUGUCCUUCAGCGUUUUGUACCAAACAUAUCUAUUCGACCUUAUCUCUGCAGAUUCUUUGGCAACUGCUCUACCAUAUGAAGUCCAAACAUGGAGCCCUGACAACAAAUUUGAAUUCAAAUCUGCUCAUGGGAUUAGAGCCUCCACCCAAGACCCAGGCAGACCUGAAUUUCCGAAAGAUUCUGCUGCCAUCUUUCAAAAUGAAUUCAUUCACAAAUUUAAUGUCUUUCCUGGGUCCAAGAUCAUUAGACUUCAUUUUUAUCCAACCUCAUAUGCAGGCUUAAAUAUAUCUAAAGCAUUAUUCUCGGUGAGCAUUGGCCACUACACUCUUUUAAGAACUUCUGAAUCAUCUUAUCCAACAGAUGCUUCAGAUAUCGAAUACGUUACCAAAGAAUUCUGCCUUUACGUAAACAGCCAUAUACUAAAUAUUACAUUCAUUCCUGCAAAAAUUAUUCCAGGUGCCUAUGCUUUUGUGAACAAGAUUGAAGUUGUUCCAGUGCCUCCAGAUCUUUGCAUGCGAGAUAAUGAAACACUUUCCUUCAUUGGACAUUCUAACAGUUCUUACAGAGGAAAGUCUAUGGCUCUAGAGACGAUGUAUCGGCUGAAUGUAGGUGGACCUCCCAUCUCUGCAGAGCAUGACCAUGAUAUGUUUCGUGCCUGGUCAGGAGACGACAUUUACUUUAUGAGUUCUAGAAUUGAUACAGAAACCCUUAGAUCAAAAGCUGAAAUUAAGUACAGCUCACAGGUCCCGGCUUAUAUUGCGCCAAAGAAGGUUUACACCUCCGCCAGGACAACGAUUCCUAGUGGUUAUAGUAUUAAAGGAGGCUAUAAUUUGACCUGGUCAUUCCAAGUGGAAUCUGGGUUCUAUUACCUGCUUAGGCUUCAUUUCUGCGAAAUCAGCAAAGAAAUUACUGAGCAAGAUCAAAGGGUUUUUCACAUCCACAUUAAUGAUCAGAUUGCGCAGGAUGGUGCAGAUGUAAUCAAGUGGAGCGGUGGUGCUGAUGUUCCGGUUUUUCGAGAUCUGGUGAAUUUAUCAGAACAAGGCAUGGAUAACCUGCUGUUGUCUUUACAAAGUAACACAGAAAACGGUACCUCAUGCAAUCAAGCAAUCCUAAAUGGACUAGAGAUCUUCAAAUUGCCAGAUGCUAGCUACAAUUUUGCAGGAUCCAUUUCAUUCAGAGCAAGAAGGAUGUCUCUCAGCUCGGCUAAGAAUCCUCCUAGAAUGCUAUUAGAAGUUGUCUUUGGUAUUGCCACUGUUGUAACCGUAUUGUGCAUUAUUUGUUAUGUUCAUUUUUUCUACAUAUCCCGUUGUUCUCUCAGAUCUAUAUGUCGAAGAAAAACAUUCAAGCAGCGGCAAUCCGAUCACUUCCGUCACUUUUCUCUCCCUGAGAUAAAGUCAGCCACCCACAACUUUUCUGACAGUUUAGUAAUCGGUUCCGGUGGAUUUGGUAAUGUGUAUAAGGGUUACAUCGACGGUGGCACCACCACUGUAGCUAUAAAACGUGCUAAUCCAUGUUCAAACCAAGGUCUAAACGAGUUCAAAACUGAAAUCUCCAUGCUGUCCAACCUCCAACACGGCCACCUUGUUUCUUUGAUUGGCUAUUGCAUGGAAAACAAGGAAAUGAUUCUAGUUUAUGAUUAUAUGGCCCGGGGAACACUACGCCAUCAGCUCUACAAUACCAAAAAACCUCCACUCAAGUGGAAGAGGAGGCUGAAAAUUUGCAUUGGCGCAGCUAGAGGAUUGCACUACCUUCACACGGGUGCAAAACACUCAAUAAUUCACCGAGACGUUAAAAGCACCAAUAUAUUGCUAGACAGGAAUUGGGUGUCAAAGGUUUCAGAUUUUGGUUUGUCAAAAAUUGGUCCCAACAUGCUCACCCAAUCAAACACGCAUGUCAGCACCGCUGUGAAGGGUACGUUUGGAUACUUGGAUCCAGAAUAUUACCGGCGGCGAAAAUUGACUGAGAAAUCGGAUGUGUACUCAUUUGGGGUGGUACUUUUUGAGGUGCUAUGUGCUAGACCUGCUGUUUUACCCAUAGUUGACAUUGAGGAGACAGAGCAUGAGAAGGUGAAUUUGGGGGAGUGGGCUUUAAGCUGUUAUCAAUUUGGCACACUGGAAACCAUCAUUGACCCAUAUCUGAGGGAUAAGAUUGAAGCGGGAUGUUUCAAGACAUUCACAGAUAUCGCGAAGAAGUGCUUAGCAGAUAAAGGAUGCGACAGGCCGAAUAUGGGAGAUGUUUUGUGGAAUUUGGAGAUGGCUUUGCGGCAGCAAGAGGCUGCCGUUGAAGACAGGAUUUGUGCAGAGAAUAACAACGGGAUGACUUCUUAUUCUUCUCUUAAGAUUGAUGGCCAUCCAUGCAUUGGCAUGGGUAAUUCUGAUCAGAUACCAGGGGUUGAGUUCUCUGAGAUCAUGGUCACAAUUGGACGUUGA